AACAGAAAUUAAAGCGUAUUUAAAGAUCGCUUGCCAAUUUUUUAUAGUGCAGUGAUUAUUAUUUUUUUUUUUUGUAAUAAAUUUAGACGCUCGUACGAUUAAUGUUAAAGUUUAAUAUUAAUCUGUUGAAAUUUAAUUCUUUUAACGUUUGGCAAACAGCCACAAUACGAAAACAAAGCUAUUGUAAAUUUUGUUUAAUGGAAACCUAAUUAGUAUAUUGUCUGGCAAUGCUACUUGUUAUGUCAAUUUUUUUGUUUUCUUUUUCAAGUGCAUCAAUUGGAUUCAAUGUAUUUGAGAAAUUGUUUUUAAGAACUUGCCAACAAAAUAAAGCCUAGGAAAAGUUUGUAACAAAGCAAUGAUUUUGGAUGAGUUCAAUGUCUACAGUUUUUCCAGAAUAAAGUAAAAGUCUAAUAUAACAUCGAAAUUAGUUGAAGUCCUUUAGGAAACUAUGAGUGGAAGCUAUCCUCUAACACCAGAAGAUGACAGCAGUACUGUUAUUAAUGAGUUCCAGCGUCUGCAUAGUCCUAAAGUUGAUUAUUCCAGUAUUUGUGGGAAGAAAGUCUUGGUAAGUCCAACAGAAGUACAGUUCGAGCUGCUAAAAAAGAGGCUAGAAGAGCGCACAGAAGACUGCCGUGGUGAAACAAUAUAUGAAAUCGGUAUAGGAGAAGAUGGCAGCGACAAUGGCUUGGAUGAGGACGAGUACCGCGCAUCGGUCGCCACAUUGCAAUCGUUAGCCACAACACUCGAUUCUGAUGUAGUGUUACUGAGGCAGAGAAAAGUUGAAAAGGGUUUGGCAGGCCAGUAUUUGAUACGGAAACGUGUCGAUACUUCAGAUUUCCUAGAAAUUCGUGUUGCAGUGGUUGGAAAUGUGGAUGCAGGAAAAUCUACUUUGCUUGGGGUUCUAACGCAUGGUGAAUUGGAUAAUGGGCGGGGGCAUGCUCGCCAGCGAUUGUUUCGGCACAAACACGAAAUGGAAACUGGACGCACUAGUUCUGUGGGGAAUGAUAUAUUAGGAUUCGAUAGUGUUGGAAAUGUAGUUAAUAAGCCUGAUCAUGGUACGCUUGACUGGGUUAAGAUUUGUGAAAAAUCCGCAAAAGUUAUUACUUUUAUUGAUUUGGCGGGGCAUGAACGCUAUUUGAAAACGACUGUAUUUGGUAUGACAGGACAUGCCCCGGAUUUUGGAAUGCUAAUGGUCGGUGCCAAUUCUGGUAUCGUUGGUAUGACAAAAGAGCAUUUGGGAUUGGCAUUAGCAUUGUCGGUACCAGUAUUUGUGGUCGUUACAAAAAUUGAUAUGUGUCCUCCCAAUGUUUUACAAGAUAACUUAAAAUUGCUUUUUAAAAUAUUAAAGUCCCAGGGUUGUCGUAAAGUACCAGUAAUGGUGAAAAGUCCAGAUGAUGUUGUGUUAAGUGCCACAAACUUUGUUUCUCAGCGUUUGUGUCCAAUUUUUCAAGUCUCCAAUGUUACUGGAGAGAACUUGGAGUUAUUGAAAAUGUUUUUAAAUUUGUUAACAACUCGAACGACUGGACAAGACAACUUGCCCGCAGAGUUUCAAAUUGAUGACACAUAUUCAGUGCCUGGUGUGGGCACAGUGGUUUCUGGAACUUGCCUUCAAGGUCUAAUAAAACUGAAUGAUACCCUUAUGCUUGGACCGGACGCAUUGGGAAAUUUUAUACCGAUUGCUGUAAAAAGCAUUCAUCGUAAGCGAAUGAAUGUCAAAGAAGUGCGUGGGGGUCAAACAGCUAGUUUUGCAUUAAAGAAGAUAAAAAGAUCUCAAAUACGUAAAGGAAUGGUAAUGGUUAGUCCAGAAUUAAAACCUCAAGCAUGUUGGGAGUUCGAAGGGGAAAUUCUUGUUCUUCAUCAUCCUACAACUAUAUCUUCCCGUUAUCAAGCCAUGGUACACUGCGGAAGUAUUCGACAAACUGCAUCCAUCAUAAAUAUGUCGAAGGACUGUCUACGUACUGGCGACAAAGCUCAUGUAAAGUUUCGUUUCAUUAAACAUCCAGAGUACAUUCGAAUUGGGCAAAGAAUGGUUUUUCGAGAAGGUCGUACUAAAGCAGUGGGGAACGUUUUGAAACCCGUAACGAAUUCGGUUGCUUUACAACAUCGAUCUAAACCGAAUAAAAUGCAGGGGCGUGGCCAAAGUCAUGGCCAAAACAAUUCAAACGCAGUACCACAAAAUCAAAAUCCCAAUGUUCAAGUGGCAAUAUUAAAAAAUGGGAAGCAAUUGCAACCAACGGAUAUAGAUCUAAAUGAGAUGAAACAAAGUUUUGAUGGAGUGCUUGAGACUUGUAUUGAUAAACGUGAUAUGCGCAGUUCAAAGCACCAGAAACGCAGUUCUUCCCACACUGCAGUACCAGUGAGUGGGUUAAGUAUGGGAGGCUCUUUCAGUGAUUUACAGGCUCAACCCAACAGCUCACACAUUGCUGUCAAAAAAUAAAAUUACCACAUUGGCUAUUAUUUGUAUUUAUUUAUUAAUCUCUUCAUUUCAAUAAAGUGGAUUACAUUUUUUUCUUUUUGUUAAAGGAGAUUGGAUUUAUAAAAUCUAAACAGUUUUGUUAUAUAAUUAUAUGAAAAUAAGAAAAUGUGAAAUUAAAUUUGAAAAAAUAUGCGCUAUUUUAAAAUAUUUGCUUAAAUUACUAGUUAUGAAUAAAAAAACAAAAUUAAUUUACUUUAAUAUGGUUUCGAUUUAUUACAAAUGGUGUACCUGGUUUAGCGACAGAAAGUUGAAAGAAUGCUACGGAGAUGGCAGUUCUUGGACUAUUAAAAAUCCGAUUUGAUAAGUUUUAAUCGAAUGUGAAUAUCACAAUUUGAACAAUUCUUGUGAAUCAUUGAAUUUUGAGUUGUUAUUUUAAAAUUUUAGAACUCGUAUAUAAAAUUAUAAGUAGCUUUGUGGUAUAAAUGAAAUAGACUAAAAUAAAAGAGAGAAUAUGAAGGCCAUUGUAAUGUAAAGCAGUCAAAUAGUCAUGGCGAGUGGCGAUUCGAAGACGAUUGGCAAUGAUAGGCAUAAUUGAGUGAAAAUAUUUAGUUUUGGUUUUUUUCUUUUUCUUUUAUAAGUGCUUCUUAAAUAAAUUAUCACAUUUUAUAUUCCGCUUAGAAUGCGCUAGUAUUUGGCUAUUCUUCAUAUUAUGAUCUUAAUAACUUUGAAAGAUGUAUUGUAUAAAAAUGUUGGAUCCGGUUUGAAGCUACCCAAACUGUAACAAGUUUCCUAAAAAUAUGAAAAAUAGAAAAUACUCGAAGAAUUCGCCUACAAUAUUGUAUCAAAAAGCAAAGAAAUUAAACAAGAUGAGAGAAGUUGCUGAUGAUACUCGAUUGCCAGUGCCGCAUAAGUUAAGUUUUAUACAUAAGAUGUGUAUCAAGAAUGUUUAGAAUGACUUAAGAGGCACACCUUGCGAAAUUAAAAA